AUGAACGCCUCGCUUUCUUAUGAUCCUGAUUUAGGAAGUAGAAAUAAUUCAGGAAUGAACUUUACCUGGCAUUUCGGCCAGAUCAAAGGAAACAAUUAUUCAUUCCCGCUGCCUGGCAUAAGUGGUAUAUCCGUUCAAUACUUCGCGGAGAAAGGUUUCGGACCGGUUGUCAUCCUCGCCAAGAAACCCCUCUUGCUAAAUCAGACCUACAUUGCAAAGUUGGUCGUCACCAAAGACUGUCGAACAUCAAGUGUGUUUCAAGUUAUUAGAUUGCAGAAUGGAGAACCACCUAAAGUUUCGCUAAGGUACACUUUUAGACAGUCCUUAUUUUUCUGUUGUGCCCGUAACUCUAGCUGUCACUGAUUAUCAAUAAGCCGGGCAGUAGAAAUGUCCUACUUGACGCAGUAAAUGUGAGUGAUGAAAAUGGUGGAGAAAACAUGCAUAUAUGUAUGCAUAUGUAUGCAAAUGUAAGUUAACGGAAGGUCUGUAAUAUUUAUUGCCAAGGAAUGCGUGGUUCAGCCUCUUUUUCUCGGACACUCAGGGGCAUAUUCAGUGGGUGGCAAGAAAAAGAGCGCGACGUUCCGAAGAUUCAUUCGCGCCAGUUAUCCUGCCCCUGUUGACUGUUUCAGGGUCUCCGUGGAUAUUUUGAUCUAACUAAGGGGAACUACAGUAAAAUCUGGGGUUAAAGCUAGUCUCAGUGAUAAAAAUAAAAAAUUUGUCCCGCAAAUCUCACUAUUCACACUAUUUUUAUGGAGUCAAUCCAGUCUCGAGAUAGUCUAUCACACUCACUGUUGCAUCAACGCAAUACCGAGUCACAAGUGUAAACUAUUGUGAGAAAGAUUAUUAACAUGCCCUACAAUGUAUGUAUUUCUUUUUUAUACUUAGCUGCCUUCUAAAUUGUGGAGUUCAAACAAGUCCGUCAGUUAGGUUGAGUAUCAAGUCACAGUGCCAAGGUUCUCAGUGCUCCAAAAUAUUCUCCUACGAAUGGACGCUCUAUGAACAGAACAAGUCCGCCUCAAAUGCUGAUCCAAUAUGGCGAAAGGUGAAUAUAUUGCAAAGCAUUACAGCUACGCCGCUAAACUCAAGUAAUAUUGCCAUAAAAGAAAACUCGUUGGGUGGGAGAAAGAACUAUCGAUUGAUGUUAUUUGUCAGAACUAAGGACGGUAUUGAAGGAUUAAGUGCUUAUGACAUUGUUACCGCUACGCCCCCUUCAGGAGGAAGGUGCGUGAUCAUUCCGUCCAGCGGCAUCUCAUUAAAGACUGAUUUCAGCCUGAGCUGCAGCGACUGGGUCAGUGACGCUACCCCUCUGACGUACCAGUUUCAAUAUCGACUGGACAACGGUCUGCACAGUAUGGUAUACUACGGAGUAAAUAACACCGUUAUUUCAUGGCUACCCCCCGGAAACCGAUCACAUAACUACAAAGUCGAGAUUCGUGCUACUGUAACUAACAAUUAUGGAGCUUCAGCACCGACUGUUAAUAUUUCUGUCCGGGUGAGUUCAUAGCUUGUUUCGCCAUGAAUCCUUAGACAGUUAAGUCCUAGGUCGAGUUGUUCACAGUCUCGUUAACCCUAAUCCUGAACAAAAACCAUUUAAGUUGUCAUGUUAACAAACCCUAAGUCUGACCUAAUUGAUUUUCAAACAACUUGAUCCUGUUUAUUUCCUAAUGACGAUCAAGUACCAGUCAAAAUCUACCUGGGAACCGCUAAUAAUCACACUGCACACCGUUCACGGUUAAGUCAGCGGUAUUUUAAAGGAGCCCACAACCACAUCACCCCAGGAGUCAUAGAAAGUUCUAGCGGUCUAGUUACAUCAUUAUAACUUAUUAUUACAGCUUGUGCAUGCGCGUCCGACUCACCCCAUGUAAGGUAAUCCAAGAGUGUCUUCUGGAUUCCACGCUAUGGAUUCCAGAUUCCAGGUACCGGAUUCCAUAUUCUUUGUCAAUGGGUCUUGGAAUCGGACUUCAAUCGUUGAUGGAAUUUCUGGUUUCUUAAGCUGUAUUCCACCCGGCUCGCUUCGCUCGCCAAUUUUUGGUGCCGUUUCACUCCUUUGUCAAUUUUUCUCUUCAGGGGAGCCUGGUGCCAGGCUAAUGAUUCCGGAUUCCUUAAGGAAAACAAAAAUCAUGGAAUCCUGAUUCCCUUACAUGUGUCGAUUCGACCGUCGGUCAUACUAUAUUUUUUUAAUAUCGAUGAUAGACACUGGGAGUAAAACUGAGACAAAGUAAAAUGUUAAGACAUUUGUGGGCCAUGGAAAGAAAUAAGAACGAGCUCUUCGCGAAGUGUGACUCUGGACGGUGAAUAGGCGCUUCGAGCACAGGUGAAACUGCGUGGUGUAGGAAGGGAGUUAAAACGGGAGGCUCUCCCUCCCCUUCCAUUGCCUUGCCUCCCCACCCCCUCCCCGCCCAUUUUGCCUGUUUGUUUUUACGCACUCACGCCUUCUCCUCGUCACAUUUCCCAGGCAACUAGAAACCUUUCAAAAGGCUAAGGCCUCGUGAUUCGUUUGUUGUCGUCGCAGGUUGAACUAUCGCAACACUUGAGCCUAGCGAACUUUACCAGUGUCUUGACAGCUAAUGAUAGCUUUUUCAAUCAAGUGAUCGAAGAUGGUGAUCUGAACAAGGCAGCACAAAUAUCCUAUACAAUUCUAGAAGCGAUUUCGCAGGAUUCGUCCCUCAGUACAGAGGAAAAAACGAAGGUAAUAGUUUUUAAAAAUAAUGUUAAUAAGGAUCCGCUCAAAACUGAAAAAUACCGGAACCGACGUUAAGAAUCUUUCCAUUACUAAUUAAUGUCCCCUUUGACUGAAAUUCAUGUGGCCUUUAAGAGCCUCUUUGGAUUGAAACACCCUAUAAAAGAAAUUAACGGAGUCUCGAGAAAAGGACUACAGCUAAUGCUGACUCAGUCUCAAGCAAUUAUUCAUCCAGCCACGAUGUUGGCAACUAUUUUAGUGGAAAUACAUGGUGUUUCAAAAGUUCGUUCCGAUUUUUUCUUCGCUCAAAUUUCACUGAUUAUUAAAAAUACAUUUUGUAAAACUUAGUUUGAUAUUCAUUAUUCAUUUAACAUUGAAUAACCGAAAUAUCGUUAACCAGAAUGUCUUUCUUUGUGUUUUCUUGCAUUUUCUAAGUGGUGAGGUAUAGAAUGUACGAGCUCCCAAAGUGUGUCUACUUUUGCAGGCGAAGCAUAGUCACUGCCUUAGCUCGACCAGUUAUUUGGGGGCUGGUUCUUUGUAUGUUUUCUCGUCAACGAUAAUCCAGAUGGUUUCCAGAGGGUUCACAUCACGUGAGUUUGCUAGCCGGUCGCCCUUUGCUAUGAAGUUUCAAAUCCUUCUGACACCAUGUCUGCAUGUGCGCCGCCUUUUUCUCUUCAAGGCUUUCCAACCUUUGCUGGUCAUAUAUCUUCAUACCGUUGUGCUCGAAACUUUGAUAUUGUGAAGUUGAAGUUUUUUUUUUACCAUUCUGUCUUGUAGAUUUAUUACGCAUAUACUUGCAGCUUUUUCGAUAACAUUUCUCACAAAUUUAAAAAAAGACGGCCAUACACUCCUUGGUUUGUCUUCUAAAGUCUUUACCUUCGACCACUUGUUCACUUAUAUCAUUCAGACCUUAGUCAACAGUUUAACAAUUUCUUUGACUGAAUGGCCAAAGAACCAAAAAAUAGAUGCCUCAGCUUUAACGCAAACAGCGUAGGCCUUCAUUUUCGUGACAGAGUGGAGAAAAUUAAAGAAAAGGGAAAAAAGGCGAAAAUAGAAAACCUGCAAAUGGGCAGAAAAAAUAUGGCGGGAAGAAACUCGCGUACGUGCAAAUUGGGGCAAAAAUUCAAAAAUAUUAUAAUUUCUUCAAAUUUUAGUUUGAAAUUGCUUUGAACGGUUAUUUAGAUAAAUUUCUUACCUGAAUCAGUUUACAUUUGCCUAAAGAAGCAUUAAACACUUCGCGCAAAAUACAAUUUACAAGCGGAACGAACUUUUGAAACACCCUGUAGACCUUCACACGGUUUUUAAAACUUUUUACUGGGGCCAAUUAGUGGAAAUUCGUCGUCUCGGCUUGGAAGAACGCCGUGAAAUCAGUCAGUUAAGCUGCCAAUACCUUUAAACUUGGUAAGUUUAUUAAUUUCAUUUACCGCGCUCUUUCAAGUAGUGUCCAUGGACAUUCGCUUACUAGUUUUAUCUAAAGUUAAAAACGCCGAGAAAGGGUCAAUUUCGAUUAAUGUUUAAGUGUAAUCAGUUUUGCUAAUUAUCAUAGAUUCAGGAACUGAUUGUGGAGAAAAUUGCCGCAUUGCAAGUUAAGAGUCUACCAGACCUGCUGCAGUCCUCUUCUGUGAUUGGCUCAGCCAUUCAGGACACUGAAACAACAUCUGUAAAAUCUCUGGUGAGGUAUAAUUUACCCAUGAAGUCUCCAUAAGCGCCCUACUAAAACAGGGCAGGUCAAGAGUAUGUUUUUAUAACUUUUGCUAUUUGUUUCGUCACAUCAUGCACAGUCUAAAACGUUUGAAUUCCAGGUGCCACUCCCUCCUCCUUCGCGCUUUUUCUGCCAUCAACUUCAUGUUCAAAAGUAAUAAGUGCUUAAUGGCUACGUUUUUUGGGGAUUCCUUCUUCGGUUUCCCCUGAAUUUUCAUUGUGUUGUUCUCAACUUUUCCAGCAAUCUGAGAGCAGAGCCUCCUUUUGUCUUCUCCUUGAUCGAGAAGGAGAAAAAGAGGCUCUGGCUGAAUCGCGUCAAGCCUUUGAAGUCAUCAUAGCCCAAACUUUUGAACUGGUCAAUCUUAUCUUCUCUCGUCAAACUGUGUUUUUUAGCCACGAGCAUUCUUGUAUUAAUAUAACGAUGAUCAUAUCUGAGCCCGCUGUACCAGACACUCGGCUAUUAGGGUUCUGUAUCCUAGCAACAUGCAGCGCAUCCUCAACAAAGUUCUUACUCGAUUUCAUUGUUGACCCCAGACCUCUUUUUUUUAAUCGUUUAUUAACCACACAAAAUAUACAGGAGAUAGUAAAAUAAACUAAAAUAACUAAUUUACAACUCCAAUAGCUAACAACAACAACAACAAAAACACUAACGAUACAAAAAUAAAUAAAUAAAUAAAUAAAUAGCUAUAGUUCUUACAACAAUUCCUACAAAUCAAUAAGAUCACUAAGAUAACAAUGACACUAUGUCACAUCUAAACUAAGCGGGACAAUUGGGAAUUACAAUUAAUUUAAGCAGGCAAUCAGAGGAAGAAGACAAAAAUAUUACCUAUUUCAAACAAACACAAACCCACCUAAGGCUUUGAUGAGUUCACCAGGCCACUAAGGCCCAAAGGGUUUUGAUUUGUUAUUUCUUAAGAUCCAAUCCACAUUGCUUCUGUCUUAGUACAGUUGAUUUUUAGACCAGAAAUAUCUUUAAAUGACUCCAACAGACUAAGGAACGCUGAGGCUGAGUUCUCGUCAGCUAAUACAGCUGUGCUACUGGCGUCUGGGUAUUGUAGUAAUUUAGUUUCUUCUUUGCCAAUGGAAAUUCCUUUUAUUUGAGUUUUGUCUUGUUGAAACUGUCAAUACCUCUGCCGCGAGAACAAAAAGAUAGGGAGAGAGCGGGUCACUCUCUCUUACACCUCUGUCAAGACGGAAAUUAUCAGACGAAAGACCAUUGUUGAUUACACAGCUCUGGAUAUUGUUAUAAAACACAAUGAAUAAAAUCUCGACCAAAGUUGAAAGCCUCUAAGCAGCUGACAAGAAAAUCCCAUUCAAUGCUGUCGAAAGCUUUCUGAAAAUCAACAAAAAUCAAAAGUCCUGGAAUAUUUUCCUUAACAGUAAAAUCCAUAAUGUCGAAUAUGGAUCUCACCGUCUCACCAAUAUAACGAUCUUCCACCUAACCCCAGACCUCACUCUUUUGACUCUGUGACGUUGUCAUGCGCAAGAAAGAAGGGCACUGCAGGGGUGGAGAAUGACUCGAUUUUUGCAGAGUCUUUCUUGAGUACGAAAAAAUCAAACAAGCGAAAGAAACGCUCUGCUCGCAGGGUGCUUCUCCAGGUGAACAAUUGACAACAAUUCGCAACAUCGUGGAAGCGGUUAUUUGUUAGCAGUCCGUUAGAAAACUCGCAGUAAAAUUUCUUUCUCUAAACGUUCGCUUUUUUCAGGAGUUUGCCCUACCUGCUAUUAACUCCAUGGCUUCACUGCUCUGGAAUGUUGCCCAGCAGAAACAAAUAGACGACAUACCGCUGAUUACCCUUUCAGCAGAAAACUUAGGCUCAUGCGUCAACAACGUACUGAAGAGUGCAUCAAUGAUCGCAUCAAGAAAAUUUGGGUCCAGUCUUCAAGAACAGGUAUUUAUUUCGGUAGUCCUAUACUAGUUGGCGCAAACACGUCGGAAAUCUCAGUGCAAUUUCACAGCAAAUGUAAUGAUAGUAUUAAUGCUUGCCUGGUAUCCUGUUGCUGUUAUACACAAAAUCAGAAGCCUACGAUUGAAAGUUUGUUCUUGUAAUAUCGCUAUCUUGCUCAAAUUUUUGAUCACUCAUCUGUUGUAAUUUGAUGAUUUAUUCUUACUUCGGCGGAGUGCGAAGGAAAGGAUUCGCGACGCUCAGGAAUGUUGCAAAGUUGGGGACCAGAUUGGGCUUGAAAAGUCCGUAGGUUUUCAGCUUUAUUGGGCUAUUUGACGAAGUGAGAGCCGAAUUAGUUCGAGAUCAGUUCGAUUUCUCUGUUAUUCGAGGAAGAAAGAAUUACUUUCUUGGCUUGCCCGGGGUUUGAACCGACUCACCUGUGUUACCCGUCAGAUCAGAGACCAUGAGCCCCUACGUCGCGGGAUUAGCCGAUUGCGCCGCUAAAACCCAAGGUAACUUGAGGUGGGAAACAUGGCUAUAAGUCAUGCACGAGGUACGGGAUAAGUUGGUGACCUUUCGACUUGUUCUUAUUUAUUAUUCUGGCUAGAAAUAUAGACUGCAGAAGUAUUUUACAGAAAACAUUGAAUCAAUUUGGGCUAGUAGCUUCAAAAUAUGAGCGAAAAUCGAGAUACAAGAGCAAUUUUCGGUGCGUCUCACUGCGCAGACGAGUUGCUUUGAUAUGUCGAUCACGUCAUAUGUUUCUCCAAAAAGCGUUUCAGUUUGGCUUUUUAUCGUGGAAACCUUGUCUUUUUCUCCUGGAAUCUCGCUUGGAAUUCGUUAUAGACCGUGGAAAACCCAAAUUUAUUAGUUUGCCGGUUAAAUUCCCCGCCGAUAGAUCAAAAUUUCAGUUCUGUACUACUACCACCCGAAGUACGCUUAUAAGAAUUUUCACUCGAACUGUGCUGCCGUGUUUGUGUUUCUUUCUAAAUCCAGCGGCCGAAAUAAUGCUAAGUAUACUUUUCAAUACACUUUUAAAGAUAACACCGCACAAUACGCAAAAAAGAAGAAGAAGAAGAAAAGAAAGAACAAAGUAGGGAUCUUCACGACGAUAUUCGCGGUGGGUUACCCAUCCAGUUCCUAACCCCGCCCGACAAGGCUUAACUUGAGUGGCGCUACUAAAAAAAAACGAGUUUCGCGAGAGUUAUUGCGAGAUACGUGUUUCUAGUUUAUGUUGCGAUGUUGUACAUGAAUUUUUCUCGGUGUGGAGAUUGUGCAUUUUCAGCAAGUUUUGUAAGGGAGUGUACUGAUGUUAGUUCAUAGUUACGUUGCUGUAGAAGGUGUGGAGUUAACUGUAUAUAAGGAAAGUGUUGUUGUAAAGAAAGUAAAGGAAGUGGGACUGAGGUCUCGCCGUGCGCAAUUAUUUAUGACAGAAAUUAUAAUCGAAUUGGGUUACAGCCAUGCACCUAGCAGACUUCCGGUGAAGAAGUUAAGACGUCUGUUACACAAAAGCCGAAAAGUAAGGGUAUUUGUAUGGAAGGGUAUCUGGAAAAAUAUCAUUUCUUACUAUUCCUUCGCAUUCACAAUUAAUCCACUACCACGACACCGCGGUGUACGCCCCCAUAGCGUCUUGUUACAAAGAAUUAAAUCCAUUUCUUGGUGCUCGAUUGUCGACGAUUAUCGUUAGUUGUAGUAAAAGUAACCUAACGUAAACUUAAAAACAAGUACAGAGGAACCUCUUUUCAGGGGACACCCUUGGGACCAAGGUAAGUGUAACCUGAAAAGAAAUGUCCCCUGAAUGGAGGUUGGGCUAAGAUUUGUUAAUAGUGGAGCGUCCGCGCGUGCGAAGCGCGCGAGCAGCGGGGACCCAUACCUAAAGGAAAAUGGAGUCCUAUCGAUGCCAGAAAAAUUUGGUUCAAAAUUAUCGUGUUCUUGGACGGCCGCCGCAAGAGCGAUUUUGGUAAAGUUGGCUAAAAUGGCGAAAAUUGUGAUCUAAUUUGAAUAUUUUGCAAUGUCAUGGAAAAUUGAGGCCAAAUUCCCCAUUUUCGUGAGAUUUUCCAUUUUUGUCAACUUCGCGACUAUAUGGGGAGUGCCUCUUGUAAACUCAUUUAAACUUUCGCCAGCCCUCAGGCAAUUUUUUGGAGAGAUUCACCCUUUGGCCAUGUCCGCCAAAUUCGUCAAUUUCGUUACUUCUAUCUAAAGCUUUAGCUAAUUUUAGCCAUGUUCGGCAAAUUUGUCAUCUCCUUCAAAAUCGCCGUUGCGAUUUCUCGCCAUUUUCUUUUUUUUUGGGGGGGGGGGUACCCUUUGCCUCCUCAUCGGACUUGCAGGUAAGGCUUUGGAGAUUUUUCGCUAUUUUGGUCAACGUCAUCAUUUUCGUCAAAAUCACCACUUUCAAAGGGCCUCUUUGCCAUCUCAUUGAAAAUUUUGUUAUGACUGGCGAAUGUUCGCCAAAUUCGUUGCCAAUUCCAAAUUCGCCAUUUUCGCCAAAUAUGCCACUUUCAUCAACAUCGCAACUCUAAAUGGGAACCCUUAGCUUUGUUAUAACUUAUUUUGCCAAACUUGGCUAAUUUUCGCCAUUUUUGCCAUUGGGCGCAUUUCUGGACGUGAGUGAGUGAAUCGGGCCUGAACGUUCUAAAAAUGAAGUAGUAAUUGAUAAACGGGCACUUCCUUCUUUAGGGCAAAACUCUCGUGAAGGAUUCCUUCGGGAUCAUCAACAUUAUUGCAGAUGCCGUGUUAGCAAUGAAAGUUGCAGAUGAAGAAGUGACGCGGAUCAAGACUGCAGAAUUGUCCAUGACAUUAGGACGUCAUACCCCAACUAAACUUGUUGGAUUAUCAAUUGAAGGAGGGGACGGUAGAUUUGUUUUACCAGAUGGAACAUUAGAUUCCAGUACCGGUAACACAGCUUUCGUAGACUCUCAGGUAAGUUUUCAUAAAUCCUCUUCCUUUUCCAAAAAUCCUCGAUUAGCUUUUCUCCUUUCGAAUGAGGACUGCCAUCAAAUAAGCUACGCAACCUGCGCAACUCGAGAGAUCAUCAGUACGUGUAUUUCACCCACUUAAAGCUAAUCCGGAAUCCGGAUCCUGGACAUUUUUGCUUGUGGAGGUUUAGUCAGUUCAUUUAAAAAUGUUGUCGCUAGCGCUUGGAAUUCGGAAUCCACAGCCUGGAAUCCAGAAUCCAGACUUUCUUGGACUACCUUACAUAACAAUCUCAAAUACAUGUGUUCAUUACUCUUGGAAAUAGUCUGUAUUUUACAACGCCUUUUAGUAUAUACACACUCAGUGAAAAAAUGGCGAAAAGUCGAAGAUGGAAAGAUUUAUGAACUGUUUUCAUAUUUACUCAAUAAUUUAAUCUUCAGUUUUUUUCUUAAAAGAGGAAAGGGAUUGAGAGUUGAUGACCUCGUUGUCAAGUGAAUUAAAAAACUUAAGCCCUUGAAAAAAGGGCAAGAACUUCUUAGUGUUUGUACGACAAUACGGUAGACGGUAGGCCUGGGAAUUUCUUGUGUUGUAAGAGUGGAAUUGAUUGCAUCGGGAGAAAUUGUUAUUAAACCUUGGAAGUAAGACUGAAUUUUUGCAAGAAUACAUAAAUUGGCUCGGUUGAAGCAAAUGGAUAUCAUUUAAUUUUAGUGUACCGAGAUCCGUAAAGAUGGGGUUUGCAUGAGCAUUGAAAUGUGAUUUAUUAAUAAUUCUAAUAAUGCGCUUUUGCAGGAUAACAAGGCGGCGGAGAUUGGUUUUGUAGGUCGAAGCCCAAACUAUCUUGUAGUAGUAAAAAUAGGGAUAAGCUAAGGAACAGUAGAGCAUACACAGAGACGUUUUAGGAAAAAAGAAGCUGCAUCUAGAUAUUAUACCGAUUGACUUGGCAACUUUCAUUGCAACGUUAGGUUUUCAUCCAAAAUUACUCCUAGAAAAUUUGUCUCCUUUACUUUAACAUUAUUUUGAUUAUCUAAUAUACUUAUUUGAAUAUUACAAAUUGAACGCUUUUGUCUUGGUUUAAAGACCAUAAAUUUAGUCUUUUUAAGAUUUAGAGAAAACUUGUUUGCUUCAAACCAGAUUGACAGUUUGUCCAUCUCCGAGUGUAACAUAACUGAAAGAUAGUUCGGAUCUUUAUGUGAUAUGAAUACAUUGGUAUUUAGGGAUGUGAAAGUGAGAAGUACGUCUGCUCCGUGGAUUAACAACACAAUUAGGCCCAAAAUGAAUCGCAGACUUAAAUUAUUCAAAGAGGCAAACCGGACAAAGCAUCCUAGCAAAUAGGCUGCAUAUAAGAAACUUAGAAAUGAAAUCACAGCUGAUAUACGCAGAGCCAAGGCUAAGCAUUUAGCUGCAUUUUAAAGAUCUAUUAGCUGAUGUCAAAACCACUGCAGAGUAUUGGAACCUACUUUCAAAGGCGAAUAACCCUAAAUUAAGGAAAGCGAUAGGUCCAUUGAAAAGAGAGGAUGGAUCGCUCGCAGUUGAUGACAAAGAAAAAUCAAAUCUAGUCAAUAAUUUCUUCUCUAACAUCAGAGACAAACUGGCUGGCAGUUUCCAGCCCCAAUAUCUAUCUCACCUGGCCACGUCAACUAAGAUUGUUCCCUGUGUCAAUAACAUUGCAUUAUCGCCUUUGGCCAUUGAGAGAAAAUCAGCUAAUCUCAAAACAAAUAAAGCGACAGGACCCGAAGACAUAUCACCGAAAAUAGUCAAGGAAGCUGGAGAUGCAUUGCUAUCCCCGUUGAUGUUCCUUUACAAUAUGAGUUUGAAAGAUGGUUACGUCUUUAGCUAGUGGAAGACUGCGAGAGUCAAUCCUGUUUUUAAAAAGGAUGACGAGACUGAAAUCGGAAAUUAUCGCCCCAUAUCUCUUCUCAGUGUUUCGAGCAAAAUACUUGAAACCAUUGUUGCUGAUUCGAUCAUUCACCAUGCGUUUAUUGAAAAUAGAUUAAUUACGGACAAACAAUGGGCUUACAGGAGAGGAUAUUCUACAGAGCUGUUGCUAGUGCAUAUGACCGAAAUUUGGAGGAGUGCCAUUGACUCAAAUAAAGUUGUUGGUAUAGUGCUGGUAGAUUUCCAGAAAGCGUUCGACUGUGUCUCCCAUAAUGUGCUAUUACGUAAAUUAGAAAAUGAUUUUGGAAUUAAUGGAGUGCUACUCGACUGGCUGCGCAGUUAACUUGACAAUAGAAAACAAUAUACUGUCCUAAAUGUUAUAGCAUCAGAUCUUAACACUGUUAAAUCUGGAAUACCGCAGGGUUCCGUUCUGGGACCGACCUUAUUUUCUCUUUACACAAGUGAUUUACCUGAAGCUAUAACCACUGCGACAACCUACAUGUAUGCUGAUGAUACUAUAGGAAAAUUCAUUACCUGACGAGGGAAUUCCAGGUUAAAUUGCACGCGAAAAUUCGCGAUUCGUGCGAUAUCGGUUUUCAAGUGCAAUUUAACGUGGAAUUCUCAGUCAGGUAAUGAAUUUUCCUUGAAUCGCAUAAUUGAAUAAAAUCAGAAGAAAAAAAAAGACAAAAGCAAUAAUAUUGUUUGUUUUUAUCCUGAGCGCGCGCUCCAGAAAGCCAUUUCAAAGUCAACUGUCAGAACUGUCAUUGCGUUUAUAGCGAAUAGGAAGCAAUAGGUCAGUCGUACACGUUUGAACCUUCGACAACUUUUUUUGUACCUUGUGCUUGUUUUUACAUUUGUUUUCAAACUUUUUUACAUGUAAACAAGCUUCACACUAAUCGUAAGGAUAAAUAGCGGUAUUUUACUGAAUUUAGAAGCCGUUUAUGUAGAACGUCUUUUUUCAAAUUGGUCAUUUGCUCGAGAAGGCAAAUAAUUUACACCUUUUACCUCUUCGGCGGCAAAACUGAAAGAAAUCAAGUGUCCAAGCGAAAGCACUGAAAGUUUAACAUGUUUAACGUCGCGAUUGACAUAAGGUAAGUACCUUGAAAUGUUUUAGAAAUGCUGUUCAAGUUCAGCUCUGUUUUGUACUUUUCUAAGUACCACGAUUCAGGACGAUUGCAAGUGGCGUACUCUUUUUGGUGUUUUCAGGGGCCAUGUCCUCUUUGAAGGUAUUUAUUUCUUCUUCUGUAUAUGGGACAAUCGACCCCGGCACUUCCUCCGUUGUCGCUUCUCCGUUUUGUUUGGUUGAACUUUGGAUUGCCAUUUUCUGGGCCGUGUUCACAGGAUUUUCUUGUUUUCUCGUUGUCGCGAGUGAAAGAGGUUUUAUCUCUCUUCGAGAAUCUGUAGUUCAGUUCAAAACAAGGAAGAACCUCCGGCACACUUUAAAAAACGCUUUUGUUUGUUUUUAACUCUUCAAAAAGUGACAAUGAAUGGUUUUGAAAACAUUUUAAAAUGACAUUGUAGAAAACCUUUUUUGCAUGUUGUCGUGUUAGAAUUUGACGAUAGUUGUUACGUAGAUGCGAAACAAUAUCGCUUAGCCUCGUUUUCAACUCGCAAUUCCACACUAAAUACCUCGCUUCGUUAACCAAUCAGAAUGCGAGAUUUUAGUUAAUUAUGCGAUUCUACCCUAUAUUGCAUUGGCGAUUCUAUCGACGCAGUAAUUCCUGAACUUAACAAAGCUUUGGAAGAGCUUCUAUACUGGUGCAAAACAAACUCCCUUGUGCCUGAUCCAAAGAAAUGCGAAGCAAUGAUCCUCCAUCGUGGAAGAUUCGCUGGCCCAUUGAAAGAGUUAACGUUGGCCCAGCACACCAUCAAAUGGGUUACACACUCUCGUCUAUUAGGCGUAUUGAUAGAUGAUCAACUAAACUGGUCUAAACAUGUUAGUGUUGUUAAAAAAGGCUUUGUUGAUAAGUUAAACUUGUUAAAACGUAGCAAAUUUCUUCCAAAGAAUAUGUUAUUAGACUUGUAUUUUAGAGUUAUUAUGCCGUCGAUCGUAUAUGGUAUAUCAGUGUGGGGAGGCCUCACAAAUAAGGAAGGUUUUAAGGCAUUAGAAGCACUGCAUUGUAGAGCUGCGAGAAUUAUCUUUGAGCUACCUUGGGAGAUGUCUAAUGCAGAUGUUAUGAAAAAGGCUAGUUGGUCUUCUUUAGCCUUUAUGUAUAAAAUUAGCUUAGCUAAGCUUAUGUAUAAAAUCCAAAAUAACCUGACUCCAGACGCUAUGUCAGCUAUUACUAAGAACAAUGAUAACAUCAAGCGAUAUCAACUUAGGAAGAAACUGAAAAUUGAUGUCCCUCGUUUUAACACCAACUACAUGAGGAACUCUGUAGCUCGUAGAGGAGCAAUAGUUUGGAACACGUUGGUUCCUCAACUUAAUGACGAUAUAGACAAUGCUAAGAAAUAUGCGAUUAUGGCAAGACGGUCAAAGGCUCUGCUACACCUAGAUUUCGACUGUAUCUCUCCUCAAACAUUAACCAGAAGGGAGGAAGAUUUUAAGUAUAAUUAGUGUUAGUAAUUAGUCGAUACUAGAGUACCACCUUGUACUUUAGAAUUUUAAGCUUUUAUCGUUUUAGACUUUUAAGUAGUAAGUAGUUAUAUGAUUUUAGGUGGUGUAUAUCCUAUUUAUUUUCUAAUUCAUCAGUUAUCUAUUAAUUAUUUAGACAUGACCCCACAAGCGAGGCGUCGCUUUAAAUACUUAUCAUGUAUAAAUAAAGAUUAUUGAUUGAUUGACUGAUUGUCAGCGAACAAUAUCAGAAGCAUUGUUGAUGUCGUUAAUGUACAGUAAGAAAAAUAGAGGUCCGAGGAUAGAACCCUGAGAGACCCCACAAGAGAUUUCAUUUCUUGACGAACGGUGGCCAUUUUUUGCGUUCUGUUUGAAAAGUAACUUCAUAUCCAGUCCGGCGCUAAGCCACGAAUACCGUAAUGUUCGAGUUUAUCAAAAAGGAUGACAUGAUUUACAGUGUCCAAGGCUUUUGAGAGGUCAAGAAAAAUACCAACGGAAAAUUUACCUCGGUCAAAGGCCGCGGGGAUCUUGUCAUGUAAGUCGAUUAGCGCGAGUGCAGUAAAAUGAUUUUUCCUGAAGCCGUAUUGGUUACUACAGAGAAUGUUGAAAUUCAUCAGGUAUUGCAUUAAACGAUUGUAGAUAACUCUUUCAAAGAAUUUUGAAAAGCUGGGAAGUACCGAGAUAGGUCAGUAGUUGGGGAAAAGCGACUGAUCAUCAGGUAUUUAGGUAUAGGUAUUUUUAUUUAUUUGCCACACAAUUACAUUACUUAAAGAUGCCAAAAGAAAAAAAAAAAAAAUGUAGGAAGAGAUGGCGAGGAGGCCUAAAAGAAACUAUAGAGCUUAUGUUAAUUAGGCCUCCUCAAUUACAAUUUUUCGAAGAUGGCAUAAAAAUUACGGCGACGGGUACAGUAUAAUAUCAGGUGAAAAAUUAAACUAAUCAAUAUUACGGAAGUUUACAUGUACAAAUGUUGAAUAUUAAAAGGCUUUUUCCCAAGAUUUUUGUUGAAGUAUACUAAUAAUUAUUACAAAUAAAUGCCUUAAGUGCUCUUUUAAAGGAGAAAGGUGAGGAAGCGUUGAUGAUGUUGGUGUUUAAGGUGUUGUAAAAUUUAGGUCCUUGAUAAAAAACGGAAAAUUGCUUGGUUCGAGUACGACAGAAAGGCAGACGAAAUUUACACGAGUUUCUUGUAUUAUACGAAUGAAUUUGACUUUGUAAGGUAAAUUUACAAUGAAAUUUUAAAGGUAGAGUAUGGUUUUGAUAGGAGUACAUGAAUAAGCCUAGUUGUAUUAAGUAUAUAUCAUGACAUUUUAAGAUACCAAGAUUUUGAAAGAUUGGAUCAGUAUGUGCAUCGAAAGUGGUUUUAGCUAUAGUUCUGAUCACUCGUUUCUGUAAAAUCUCAAGACGAAUAAGGUUAGUUCUGUAAGUAGAGGCCCAAACUAAGUUGCAGUAAAAAAGGUAUGGAUAGACUAGAGAAAAAUAUAGUGUUCGUAAGGUUUUCGUGGAUAAAUAGAAACUGGAUUUACGAAUAAUUCCUGUGCAUUUAGAAACUUUAUUGGCGACAUGUGAGAUUUCAGAUUUCCAAUUUAAAUUUUCGUCCAUGAUUACUCCCAGGAAAACUGUUUCUUUUACUUGAUCAAUUUUUGACUAUUAAUUAAAAGUUGAAUAGUUUGAUUUGUACGCUUUUGGGAUGGUUUAAAUGCAAUGAAUUUGGUUUUUUCAAGUUUAAUGAAAGCCUGUUAGCUCUAAACCAUAUUGACAACUUAUUUAGUUCAGCGUUCAGUAUAUUAGUAAGGCAGUCUUUAUCCUUGUGAGACACAAAUACGUUUGUAUCAUCGGCAAAUAGUAUCAGUUGUAAUAUUGUUGACGUGUUGAUUAUAUCGUUGAUGUAGAGUAGAAAAAACAAAGGCCCUAGUAUUGAACCUUGGGGAACGCCACACAUGAUAUUAGCACGAUACGAAACAUAACCAUUGUAUUCUACAAAUUGAAGUCUGUUGGAAAAAUAGUUCUUAAUCCAUUUCAGAGCCAAGCCACGUAUACCAUAGUGUUCAAGUUUAUCAAAUAAGAUGGAAUGAUUGACUGUAUCGAAAGCUUUCGAGAGAUCUAAAAGACACCAACCGCUAAUUCACCACGAUCAAUAGCAGAUGAAAUUUUUUCAUGCAAAUCAAUCAAGGCGAGCGUCGUAGAGUGGUUUUUCCUGAAGCCGAACUGGUUAUCACAGAGAAUAUGUAAAUUAGUUAAAUAAUCAUACAAACGAUUAUAGAUACAUUCUCUCUAGAAAUUUUGAAAAGCUUGGUAGAACCGAGACAGGCCUAUAGUUAGUGAAUAGUGACUGGUCAUCAGCUUUAAACAGAGGUACCACACGAGCUAUUUUCAUUUGAUCUGGUACAAUGCCAUGAGCGAUCGAUAAAUUCAUAAUGUGAGCCAGAGGUCCCGAAAUGAUUUGAAUGGAUUCCUUAAUUAUAGACAUUGGAAUAUUAUCAUAUCCAGCCGCUUUCCCGGAAGCAAAAGAUUGAGCAAUGGUAAUAAUUUCAUCCUCUGUUGUUGGGCUAAAAAAGAUUGAUUCUCGAAAUGAUCCAGAUAGAAAAUCUUUAUGUGAACAAGGAGGAGGCUGUAUCUUCUUUGCGAGGUUGGGACCAAUACUAGAGAAGUAGCUGCAAAACCUAUCUGCUACUUUCACUGGAUCAGAAAUCUCCUGACCGUCUGACUUAAAUAUUGUAUUUAAUUGAGGCCUCGACUUUUUUCUAUUUAAGACUUCGUUUAAAAUUUUCCAGGUCGCAUGUGUAUUUGAUUUAGCAUCUUCCAAUUUCUUUUCAUAAUACCGACGCUUAGCCAAACGCAAGGUGUGAUUCAAUUUGUUCUUGUAUCUUUUGUAGAGUGAACAAUUGUCGACUGUUGGAACUUGAAGAUAUUUUUUGUAAAGUUUAUUCUUUGUUUUAAUUGAUUUAAGAAGAGCUUUCGUUAACCACGGUUUUUUAAAGCGCCUCUGCUUUCUAGUCGCCUUCUUGAGAGGGAAGCAAUCGUUAUAAAUCUUUGUAUACAUUUCAUGAAAGCGUUUGUACGCAAUAUCUGGCUCAUCACAAGUUUUAAUCGAAGACCAAUCAACACCUUCUAGUUUUUCAACAAAAGUAGGAAUAGAUUUAGCGACUGAUCAUCAGAUUUUCCAUUACAGAGGAAAACGAAGGCGCUUUGUCACUGUUCUGUGAACUCGGGAUUUCCUUGCAAGAGCAACUUUGCCUUAUAAGUAGAAGUUAAUUUUCAGAAAAAAGGGAAGGCAACAUUUUCGAAAAUUGUAUAUGCCAGCAAGUUAACAAUGUAAAGAACACUGCAUAUAAACAACGCUCACAGAAACCCUUAAAGCUCUACUUUUCUACUCAAAAGGGGUAGUAAUUACAAAUUUCGACAUUUUCUUUCAAACUAUUGAUGCUAAAGCUUACAAAAAGAUUAGAAACGUAACUAUAAUAUGCCAUGUUUAAAGAUACUGUAAGCAUAAAGAUCUAACUGUCACGCAUCUUCUGUUUACGGCUGCAUGUUCACGCAUGAAUUCACCCGUCAAUCAAACCAAUCGUUUUUAAAUGGUUAUCUUUCUGAUUGUGAUGAGAUCACUUCGUGUGUAUAUGCUAAAACAAUUAUUCACCUCAGGUUCAGUUCAUAUUGUUGAACAAGACCGUUCUCGGCGUUUAGUCUCGCUUGCUCGGAGACUAGAUUAGAAAUGAGGAGGUGAUUAAUUCUACAAGAAACAGGAUUUACUCGCUAAAGGAUUUUUACUUCCUACUUUAUUUUAUAGACGGUCAAGUAUUUCAGGAUUGCUUUUUAUAUCGUAUUCGACAAAAUGUUCUGAAUUGAUUUAGUACGCGUGUUACCGACGACCGAAAUUACGUCUACGGUCGCAGGCUAUACGCUUGCAUAGUUACACGAAAAUUCAAGGGCCUCGAUUCGAGAGAAAUUACACCAUUUCCGGAGAUCAAAAAACGUGAUUCAGCAAUAUAAAGUUUGCCUUCGACGAAUAAUUGUUAAAUUUAUUUUCUUCCGAUAUCGCUAAGAUUCAGAGUAUCGUGAUGCUCAAUGGAGUGUAAUGAAAUUUGCUGAAAACACAAUUAUCUAAGCCAAGGGUUAUGCCAGUGACGUGUGUCAUGCACCAGGUUCAUGCCGUUUUUGUUUGUUUGUUUUGCCUUUUGCAGAUGCUCUCAAUUCCAUUCAAUCCUUACACAUGGGAUGUCACAAGAGAAGUAGUGGACUCUGAUAUCUUAGCACUGGACUUGAAAGACGACGAGCGUAAACUGAUCAAAGUAUCAGGUCUCCCAAACGACGUCCUGGUUGUUACACCACUGAAACCUCAACAGAUCCCUUUACAAAUUCCGCAGUACUUCACCCACAAUGAUAAUCUACGAUUUCACCAGAUAGAUGUUAAGUACGAAAACACGUUGAUAAUGGUGGAGAUGGCUUCAGCAGAUGAAAGAGUGACCCUUUUUGUUUACAUGCGACACAGUCAACGGCCAACAACACAAGUGUAUGAUCUCAAUGCCACUAUCUCCAAACAAGAAACUUGCAUUUGGUGGAAUACGCAGGAAAAAAGCUUUGAAGGAGCAAAGUGUUCUUCCAACAGAUUUGCAACCGUUCCAAUAGAAACAGUUGUCAGGCAACCUGGAAGGUACUUUCUAGGGAUUCAAAGUUAUGACACCAGUGUGACCUCCCUGAGGAGACAAAAGAGAUCAUGCUUCGGAAAUGGACGUAAAAAGCGAUCAUGUGUGCAAGUGAAAGAUCCCCCUCCCACUCCCCCUCAGGGCAAAAAUGUAUCUUUAGUACCCAUGUAUGACCCGACCAUCUCAAGGAACUACACUAUGAGGGUGGCCUUGGGAAGCUGCGUGUUCUGGUCAGAAGAGCAGGAAAAGUGGACGACAGAAGGCUGUCAAGUAAGUAAUAACUGAUGACGGAGCUAUUUUUUUUUAUUGGUGUUGGAACUAGGGUUGGUUGCUAAGUGUGAAUUGUUAAGCCUCGCAGUAAGGAGCAACACAUGGAUGCUUUUGCCGUCUCCACUUUCAUCCAUGCCAUCCUUUGGCUUCCUAGGUGUCGUUUGUGAUCUUGCGCAGUUGUAUAAUGACAGGGAGCCCACACAAUGUGUUUGUGUAGCCGAUUGUUAUUUUAUAGUAAAUGUACUGGAUUUACCGUUUGCUUCACCUAUAGCGAUAUAUCGCUAACUAUGUAUAUAGAUCAAUGAUAAAUAAACGUUGAAUUACCUUAUCUUUGGUGUAUAGUCGUCCUUUUGCCUCAAAAGCGGUUUUUUGAGCGAUUUUGAAUGAAUUUGAGUUCGCCUUUGACUGUUCCAUAUAAUAGAAGGACAAGGGAGGAAUCCUUGUUUUGAAAGGGUUCCAGCGCCGGAGCGGUUUUUCUCCCCAAAAUCGCAUUGCUCCGCUUUCAAACUUCGCAGCAUAAAGGUCAAAAGAUUCACAAUUCUUCUCGUACCUUCCAAUCGAAAAUCCAUCCAAACGGCCCUUAGCUAGCCCUCGAAGAAAAUCAAAAUCCCACAGUAUUCGAGCGACUGGAAUGCGUAGCAAGAUUCAUACGUGCCAGCCACAAACCGUCCCGCUGAUUGUCUUUUUUUUAUUGGAUGUCGUUAAACAAAUGGUUAAAUAAUAACUGAUGAAGAAGACUUGGUAAGCGUUUGUUGUUUAACGACAUCCAAUCAGAAAGAGGCAAUCAGCGGGACGGUUUCUGGCUGGCACGUAUGAAUCUUGCUACGCAUUCCAGUCGCUGGAAUACUGUGGGAUUUUGAUUUUCUUCGAGGGCUAACUCCGGGCCGUUUAAAUGGAUUUUCGAUUGGAAGGUGCGAGAAGAAUCGUGAAUCUUUUGACCUUUAUGCUGCGAAGUUUGAAAGUUGAGCGAUGCGAUUUUGGGGGGAAAAAUUGCUCCCGCGCUGGAACGCUUUCAAAACAAGGAUUCCCCCCUUCCUUCUAUUAUAUGGAACAGUCAACGGCGAACUCAAAUUCAUUCAAAAUCGCUCAAAAAACCGCUUUUGAGGCAAAAGGACGACUAUACACCACAGGCAAGGUAAUUCAUCGUUUAUUUAUGAUUGAUUUAUAUACAUAAUUAACGAUAUAUCGCUAUAGGUGAAGCAAACGGUAAAUCCAGUACAUUUACUAUAAAAUAACAAUCGGCUACACCAACAGAUUGUGUGGGUCCCCUGUGGUAUAAUGUAGUUAUUUUGAUAUUUAUUGUGAUCAGCUGGGAAAUUAUAGCAUGCCCUUAAAUUGCACAACCCAUGAAUUAAAAGUUCAUUAAUGAACCAAUUUUGACAUGUUAAAAAAAUUCAUAACUUUCUCGAGGCUUGAAAGAAUAAUUCAAGAGAAAUCGCCUUGAGGUUCAUGGAAAAACUUUGUUUGUUGUUCAGAUUCCCCAAGCCUCCGAGCCAAGUAUGAAUUUGAAGAUAUUUCGAACUUGAUCUAUUGACCCAACAUGAAAACUUGGUUUCAAAUUUUUCAUUCUUUAUUCCAUAGGUUUUGUCAGCAACGUUAAAUGGAUUCCUGAACUGUUCAUGUAAUCACCUGACCUCCUUUGGGGGUAGUUUCUUUGUAAAACCCAAUCCCAUCGACUUUGAUCAAGUGCUGGUAGAGUUUAAGAGACUUGCAGAUACAGGAAAUGUCGCGGUUAUUGUAACCGUGGCAGUGGUAUUCAUGUGCUACGUUUUUGUGAUUGUUUUCGUACGAAAAGCGGAUCAGCAAGACACCAGAAAUGUAAGUACUUAUUAGGUAACUUAAAUAAUGCAACGACCACUUGGAAAAACACUGCAGUAGUAUGUAGCUGGAUCUUAGUGUAAACCAGACCGAGCAAUGAAAAAUAUUAAACCGAAGUCAAGACUCAUCGGACAGCUCAAUUAGAGAAUAGAGAACUCCUUCUCCUAGAGCUCAUCAAUUCAAACAGAGAGGUAUUUUUUUAUCACCAUGAAGACGAUUGAACGGCCCUUUAAAAUGAACUGGCCGUACAUUAUUAUUCAAAACUAUGUUUUCCAGUUCUCUUAAUUCUUUUAGUGAAGUCUUACUUCUUUAAUAAUGUAUGACUGAGCGAUUAUCAAAACACCAUGCUCUAUAAUCAUCUAUAAUGUAAAUUUAUACGUAAAACGGCAUCGCAGAGGCGCAGAAGAGUUAAUUUUUCUAGUUUUGGGGGUGACGGUAGGUUGCAGUGCGGAGCCUUCGAUUAAGGCUUCGGUGACUCAUUUGGCACGACGGAAUCUAAUCAAUAGCAGGUACCCAUUCAGAUCUCUGAGAAUGUUUUUAAUGGCAACCAAUUUCUUGUUUCUGGCCUUGCAGACAUGAAUAAUUAGAACAAACCAAUGCAAAAAAAAGUAAAUUAUACCUCGUUCUCACAUAACGUCACGAUGGCAAUAUCAGUAAUCCAGAAAAAUGUAACGGCGGCCAUGUUGGUGUUCCAAACCAAUCCUGUUGGAUUUUGUCAACAAACACUUUCUUUUGUUCCAAAAAAUUUAAAUAGAUGCUGGUCACCGGAGUGAAAACGCUUGACACGUACAGGACACUGGAAGCUUAACAAUGAAGGGAACAAAAACACACAACACUUUUCUUUUCUUUUUUGUUUUAGAAUGGCUCUCCAGUUGAGCUGCCAACAGGAUCAAACAGUUCGCACGAAUAUGAAAUAACAAUAAUAACAGGAGUCUGGAGGAACUCUGGAACAACAGCUAAAGUUGCUAUAGAGAUAUACGGCUCUGAAGAAAGCACCGGAAAGGUUCUGCUCAACAACAUGGAAGAUGCGCCGACGGGCACACUUUUUUCUAGAGGAAAUAGGGACGUUUUUGUUCUUAAAGCUGAAAAAUCGCUCGGUUCUAUUGAAGGGGUGAGGUUUGGGCAUGAUAACUCUGGAAACAGCCCUUCGUGGUUUCUAGAGGAAAUCAUUGUUCUUGACAAACAAACGCUUUCCUCUUGGACAUUCACAAAUACUCAGUGGCUAGCUCUUGAGAGAGGAGAUGGUAGGAUUGAACGGAUGUUGGAGACAGAACAAAAUAAAAUGGAUUUCAAAAGCGAGGUUUUGAAGCGAUGGUGGAAAGGACUCACAGAGAAACACAUAUGGGUCUCAGUUAUAGCGAAGCAAAGGAGGAAUCGCUUCACACGAGUACAACGGGCGUCAUGCUGUCUUUCACUGUUAUUGACAGCUAUGCUUGCAAACGCCAUGUUUUAUGAACUGGACGGAAAAUCUGAAAAUGUGAUUCAGGUCGGACCUUUGAAAUUCACUUGGAGACAAGUAGUUAUUGGUAUCGAAAGCGCGCUCAUUGUUGCCCCUAUAAACAUUUUCAUAGCUUUCCUGUUUCAAAAGGCUGCCAGAAACGCCGAGAGUCAAACCCGUGUUUGCUGGAAAGCAAAGUGUCUCAUUUACUUCGCCUGGUUUUUAUUCGUUUGUUCAUGUUCUGUCUCAACGACGUUUACCAUCUUCUACAGCUUGCUCUGGGGAAAGGAAAUCAGUGAGCAAUGGCUGUCUUCCAUGUUUAUCUCUUUCACCCAGGAUGUGGCCAUCACUGAGCCAGUCAAAGUGUUCUUUACCGCAAUAGUACUGUCAGCUAUGAUAAUCAGAAAAAAGAGAAAGAAAGAUGGUAACGAAUACGUAAAAGAGGCUAAAACUCGAACUUCAACAAAAGGACAUUUAUGGAAGAUGAAGCUGAAAGAAGUAGAGGAGAUGAGAAGGCGUCAGGCGAAAAAACAAAAUAUAUCUCGGUUCUUUGUGGAGCUUUUAAUCUACCUUAUUUUUGUUUUCUUGUUGAUGGUUGUUUGUUAUGGUAGCAGAAAUGAACAUCGAUACAUGAUGAAAACAUCCAUCACAGAAGGACUGCCAAGAUUUGAAACAGUAAGUAAAAUUUCCUUAAAAAUACUGCUGAAAUAUUUUCUCUUUUCUUCUAUGAUUGCUUGCUGGGAAAAAGUAUCUUUCCGUUUAGCGGCAGAAAACCGAGAUCAUCGUUCACCAGAUCCUCUAGCUGGGCCUGUGGGAUUACUUCCUGGUUACUAUAUUUGAGCUAACAAUAUAUCAGAGGGUAAGAAUUUCAGAACUGCCACUGGAACAUGCCCAAUGGCUGAUUCCCUUAAAUAUGGUAGGAGACUACUCGAAUCGUUUCUGUGAGGAUAUGAAAAGCGCACUGUUUUAGUGGUAAGCAAAAGAGAACGAUUUGGGCCUCUGACGGCUCCGUCAAAACACAGUUUAAUACACCCCGCCCCCGGAAAAUAAAGCCGCGAUUUUCCCUAGUUUAGCCCUUGCAUAAGUAACAGGAAAAGUAGUCAGAUUCUUUUCGCAGCAAAGAUAUGUUUGCGUAGUUGCUUUGACUUUGUUGAAGCCUCAAGAGUGUAUGCGUUCAAGGAGAUUACCAAUGUGAACCAAAAACAGAAUAGAUGGCGUCUUUUUCUCUACAUGCCACUAACUGAUUGAUUGAUUGAUUGACUGAUUUGCAUUUGCCGUUUUUCCUUCUAGCAUGGUAGAACUCUUUUUUAACAAAACUAGUACACGAACCACGACAAUUUUUUGUUCAUAUUAUUUUCGCUUUUUUGUUUUCGGGAUACCAGGUUUUUAACAAGAACCAGUACUGGAGCUGGGUUAAAAAUGUUUUUUUACCGGGUGUAUUUGCUGGUAGAUGGUACAACGGACGUCCCGAGAAUCAAACCAUGUACAUCGGAAAUAAACGUUCAGUCCUGGUAGGAAUGGCUAGAGGAAGGCAACUUAGAGUUCAACCUGGUGAGUUUGGACUUUUUUUUUAAAAAUUAAGAAAAAAAACAAAAAAAUUUGCGCACGUCAUUCUUUUCAAAAUACUCUCAUAAAGUGCGAAUAAGUGGUCAUCUUCCCCGCGUACUGGUAAACAUCGGUUGUAGACGCAUGCGCAGAAGGAGUGGAAAUGCGACGUAGGACAAUCUCGACCUCAGUGCUUACGCAAUGUGACUCUCGAGAAUGCAACGUAGGCCAUUUUUCCUAAUAGUUUUGCAUCAUCAUUUUAUAUUCUUGGUGGCAGCUUAAAUAUGAAUCUGAUACUGCUGUCAGGAACGAAUACAGCAAACGCAGCCGUCCACAAAAACAACAACUGCGCUUGUUUGUGUUUGCUUGUAUAUGUAUUAAUUGCCAACGAGCAGCCUCGCGAAGACGCGAGGCUGCGAGGCACAAUCCUAAUAGAGCCAUGCGCGAUUGUUCCAGGGGCAGAAAAAAUCUCGAAUCGACGUAACAUAGAGUAAUGUAAGGCAACCAUGACGUAAUGCAGAACAGAGAAUGCGUUGUUUUCGAGCGAACACGUGAUACAGAGCAGAGAAUCCACGAGCUGUGCGGAUGUUUGUGAGUCCCGUGCUCAUGCCGUCUUCAACCAAUCGUCAGGUGGAUCAUUUCCGUCCUACGCGAUAUCUGUCGCAUUUGCCCGCUGGAAGUUUUUAUUGCAUGCCGCUAAGAAGAAUAAUAACGCUGCCACUGCCCGCGUGAUAUGGCUAUGCGCAUGCGUGAGGUACUGGCCCGGCUGUGGGUUGGUGUAGGUGUGCCCCUUGCUUUAAGUUUGCACUAUUUUCAAUGCGAUCGAAUUAAGUUCAAUCUAUUUUUCAUCAAUUGCUGUAUUUCAGGACAUUUCUAAACAAAUUCAACAGCGCGCGCGUAUAGGUAAAAUCUUUGCUCGUUGACACUUAGCGAUAGCUAUAGCUAGUAAUCUACAAGUAUGUAAAGAAAAAUAAUAGUCUAAGCGAAAAAAGGGGUCGCAUACUUAAGUACGAUAUGAAGGAACUGAGGGAAAUUUAUGUUCUUACCCCAAACCUUGUCGAAAUUAUCUAUACUCCUUUGAUACGCUCAUUUUCUUUUUAAACAUUUGCAGGGACUUGUGAUGUUUUGAAUUCCAUGAAACAUAUGUUUCCUGUUUGCUACGGCGGGUACUCACGCUUAAACGAAGAUAAGACAUCCUUCAACAAGCCAGGUUGGAAACCUAUCGACAACUCCACGAAUAAAGACGAACUUUUCCGACUUUGCCCAAAGCCUUGGAGAUACCAAGGUGCCGAGGAUACGGACACGGUUCCUAAGUGGGGACAGUUCUCUGUUUAUCCUGGAGGAGGUUUCGUGGCCGACUUAGGUUAUGAAAACUCGACGGGCUUUACCGUUAUAGAGACACUACAAAGCAACGACUGGCUCGACAAGCGAACCAGAGCCAUUAUAUUAGAAUUUUCCUCUUUCAAUCCAUCUGUUAAUUUACUUUGCUUUGCGACGUAUUUCUAUGAGGUAGGUGCUUCCGGUUACAGCGCUCCGUUCACAAGAACCGAAGUGAUUUCAUUGGACUCAACAGGGGCUGGUUCGCAGCAAUUUUACCUCAUCUGUGUUCUGUUCUUUAUCAUAUUAGUCGCUUUGUACCUCGGAAGAGAGUGCUACAGACUGUACAAACAACGUUCUCGAUAUUUUAAAUCCUUAUGGGGUUGGGUAGAAAUUUUCCAAGUAAUAUUUUCUUUGUUGGCUGUAGUAAUAUACAUCGUGAGAUCCAAAAAGGCGACCUCUAAGAUUCAGGAACUGCAGAAAAACAUUUACGCAAACGUAAGUUUCCAAGAAAACAUCAUUUGGUUUGAAACAGAGAACGCUGUUCUGGGAAUUCUAACAUUUAUCGUCACUGCCAAACUUCUGAGACUUAUUCGCUUCAACCAGCAUGUUGUCGUGUUUUCAAAAACACUGAAGACAUCUGCACGGCUGUUGCCAUCCUUUACCGUUCUUAUGUUGAUAUGCUUUACUGCCUUUCUGCAUUUCGGUGUUUUGAUCUUCGGGACGGGUUCGAGGCAUUACUCGUCGAUACUCACAGCCACGUAUUUUCAACUCGAACUGACUCUGGGGCGCGUGAAAGCGAGACCCAUCAAUGAACUAACAGAUGCCAACGACACUUUUGGAAGAAUUUUUGCCGUCUUACUUCUCUUUACCCUGACGAUAUUGGCCAUGAAUUUUUUUAUCGCCAUUAUUCACGAUGCUCUUAUGAAUGCAAAGGUCUUCGCGACUGAAAAUGAGCUUUACGACCUUCUGGACGAAGAUAGGAGCCAAAAGGGAGGAGAAAAUAAACGCUUAUUUGACGCUAUAAGUGAACGUAUAAAACAAACGAGAGGAAAUUAUGAAGAAACAGUGAAGAUGAGGAAAAAAGACAUUAGAAAUUGUGUCGAAAAUCCCAGCAAAAGAAGAGUGCUCAAUUUUGAUGCUAUCAGCCAAGCAAUUGUAGCAUCCAGAACAAAAAGCGUGGAAAAUUCAUCAGAGAAGAAGGUAAUUGCCAACACUAGGGGAAAAUCCUUGUAUGAUAAAAUCAGUGAUUAUAUUUUGAAAAAGUUCGCCCGUAGCGAUGAACACAAAGUGACGAAAGAAAGACCGUCACAAAGACAACAGCACCGUAGAGUACGCUUCUCAGAAGACGUUGUUAAACGUGAGUUUCAGAAGCUGGAAAAACAGAAAAAGUUCGUUCUUCAGCGCUUAGAUAACAUAAUUCAAGGAUAUUCUGAAGAAGAAGAAAAAUUCCUGCAGUUAUGUCACGAAGUUGGUUUAGUAUUCCUCCAAAGGUACCAGCACAAACGCAGACCAAGGGACCAAGAAUGA